AGUCCUGCAGGUGCACUCUUGCUGCUGGCGCGUCUGUGCUGAGGACCCAAGAAACAUUCAAUACUGCUUAUCGCAAAGCCUGAGAAAACCCCAAGCCAUUCGUAGAGCAUUGUGGGAAGCUUACAGGAGAGAAGGAGCCGAGCAUGAAUCGAUCACGGCUUCUUUCUAUGGCAUUCCUCACAGGCUUUGCUGUUCAAGUGGCAAUGUCUGACGGGGCCCCGCAGAGUGAUAUUUCUGGGGUACCACCGGGCUGCGGUGAUCCAAGAACUGCUACAGCUUCAACUACCAGCCCGACCACAACUACUACAGAAACAACGCCAAGAACGUCCACUCAAAAACGCCGGCUUCAUCCACGAGACUUCGGGCUCUAUUUCGACAGCAAGGGCUGCAAGCACAAAGUUUUGUGGAAGGGAAACCAACCUCUAACUGUAUCCUGCUUGGCCGAGUGUAGGAAAAGCAAUGUUACCGCUUCAAGAGGGGAGCCAUGCGCAGUCGUUACCAAUCCCGGCGAGGGAGCGCCAAGAUUUGGGACUAGGUUGUGCCAUGUUGGCAGAUGUUUGAGGGGAUCUUGUUCGCCCAGAGGCCGCCGCACUAUCUGCCAAGUGCGGCAAGCGAUGUUUCAUCGAAAUUAUCGUAGAUAUUAAUGGGCUCAUAAGUCCUGCAAGCAAUUCAUUUUCUCGCACGCAUUUUUUCGUACUUGGCCCUAUAAAAAUGAGAAAAAAAAAUGGAAAGCAAUGUAUGCUCAGAAAAAAAUGUCGAAAUGUACUUGCAGAAACGAGAGAUAAAAAAAGUACCAAUAAACGCCUUAUUUCGUGCUUCUUGUUCAGAA